GACACGCCGCGCUCCCUGAUACGCUGCCGGUCCAGCCAGUGGGGCUGCCUUUCCAUCCACGACGGCAGCAGCGCACUCAUCCAUCCACGGAGCUCCCGGUGAGGAUGUCGAAGCACCGCCAGAAGAGCAGCGAGAAGAGCCCGGCGCCCGCCCCAGAGGAUGCGCCCAAGAAGCCCCAGAAGAGCAGCAACGCCACCACCAACGGGGGCCCCGGCGGCCCCCAGGGGCCACGCGCCUCCAGCGGCUGCCUCGGACUCUUUGCCUCAACUCUGUUCUAUGUUGCGCUAAUCGGCGCUGCGGGGUUUGCGGCUUUUCAUUUGCAGCAAGUUGUGGAGGAAUUCCGUCACGCAAACGCCAAACACGAUGAGAGCGCGCGGCACAACGCGGAGAUGAGCGGGAAAAUGGAGAGUGUUGUUCAACAGGUGGACUCUCUAAGGAGCGUCGUGGACGGGCUGGAGUCUUCUUUGGGAAUCACUCGGCGGGAGCUGGAAGCUGCUGUCACCCGGAUGAAGAGGGGGGAAGUGGAGACCAGGAGGGUGGAGGAGGCCCUCCAGAAUCUCCAGAACGAUCUCCUCAAAGAUCUCUCCGAUGGGGUCAAGGAGGUGAAGGAAGCUCGGGAGCGGGAUUUCUCCUCUCUGGAGAGAACGGUGGAGGAGCGCUUGGCUGAGGUCAGCCAGUCCAUCAGAGCCAGCGUGGUGGAGUUCACCGAAGCGCAGGGCGAGGUGCAAACCCAGCUGGCGGAUCUCAAAGCCCGCCUCGGCGGCAUUGAAGACCCGACGCUCAUCAAGCAGGAGCUGUCGGCCAUCGUCGACGUUGUGGCUGAAAUCAAAACGGCCAAUCAGGCGGCGGACGCCACCGCAGACUCUCUGAGGCAGCAGAUAGGAGCGGUGAGGGAGGAGAUCCAGACUCGCAACCGGGAAGUUUCUUCCUUCGCCGAGGAGAUUCAGUCCGUCAGGACUUUGGUUCAAAAGACGACCGGGAGUCUGAAGCAGUCGCUGUCGGAGGUGGAAGCUCAAGUUCAGACGGUGAAGGAGGAAAGGGAGGCGCUGCAGAGCGGCGUGGAGCAGGCCGCUCACACCGCUCGCGGCGUGGAGGAGCGGGCGGACGCGGCGGUGGCUCAGACUCAGAAGAAACUGGAAGACCUGGACGUGAGGGUCAAAGCCUCAGAGGAGGUCUCUGAUUCGCUCUCUGCUUCACUGUCUGACCUCACCGUCAAAAUUGAAUCCCUUCUAGCCAAAUACGACGACCACGAGAGCAGCGUUGCUUCUCAGGGCGGCGCGGUAGAGAAGAUCAAAGCCGACCUGGAAGUGGUGAAAAGCAGCGUGGAGGAGCUCCGGUCAAAAGCAUCUGCAGGCGGAGAGCUGAUGGCGUCUGGGGGGGUGGAUCAGCAGCAGGUGGAUGACUUGGAGAAGAGAGUCGCUGCCGUGGAGGAGAUGAAUUUCCAGAGCAAGUUGGAGGACCACGAUGAAGCCAUCGCCGCCCUGCAAGAGGUGCUGCAGAGAACCAGCCAAGAACUCGCCGGUUUGUCCGAAAGCAUGGCGGGCGGCGAGAAAAGCAGCGUGGAGGAGCUGCGCUCCGAAGUGGCCGCCCUGAGCGGAGAGCAGACGGCGCUGCAGGCGAAGGACUCCGACCUGGAUCUGCAGGUGGAGGAGCUGAAGGCUCGACUGGCUGCUCUGGAGGAGAGCAGCAGCAGAGUGAACCCCGAGCAGCUGGAGAGCCUGAGAACGAUGGUGGGCGGACUGGAGAGCAAAGCAGCCAGACUUGAAGGCCACGACGAGGCCAUUGCUGCGCUUCAGGGCGAACUGCAGACGACCAUACAGACACUGCACGCUUUAGCCAAGGACAAGAGUGAAGACAAAGAUUUGUAGUUUCGCAAAACCGCAGAAAUGAUUCUCCUAGUUGGUGUUAGGACACUUUGAUAAAAGGGAACAAACUAGACUGUUGAUCUGUGAAUUUAAGUGUACACUAAUUCUGCACUGUACUUUCUUAUUCUCUUGUUCCGUUAAGAAGUUUUGGUGCCAGAAGUGUUAAAAAAAAAUGCAAAAAUUCGUUGUAGCACUCCUUUGUUUUGUCUGUUACUUUUUUUUGUAGAAUAAAAACAAAUCGUGAUUAAAAUCA